AUGGCUAGACCUUUGCCUUCCCAAGGGAAAGAAGUUAUGGUUGGUUCCAAGGGUGUGAUUAAGAAGGAGGAAUUUGUUAGGAUAAUCACCAAAACUCUGUAUAGUCUUGGAUAUGAAAAAAGUGGAGCAGUUCUGGAGGAGGAAUCAGGGAUUACUUUACAUAAACCUAUGGUGAAUCUUUUCAGAGAGCAGGUGAUUGAUGGGAAUUGGGAUAAUGCGGUGGUUACCUUGAAUAAGAUUGGCCUUCAAGAUGAAAACAUCGUGAAAUCUGCGGCAUUUUUGAUAUUGGAGCAGAAAUUCUUUGAACUUCUAAGAAAUGACAAUGUCAUGGGCGCUAUGAAGACUUUACGAUGUGAGAUCACACCCCUUGGUGUUAAUAGAAAAAGAGUGCAUGAACUGUCGACUUGUAUGAUUUCUUGUUCUCCACAGCAGUUGUUCCUUGGUUUUUCAAAGCUUGGAAUUGAUUCUUCUAGUUCUCGGUUGAAGCUUCUAGAGGAAUUGCAAAAGGUGCUCCCUCCAACUGUUAUGGUGCCAGAGAGGAGGUUAGAAAAUUUAGUUGAGCAAGCACUUACUGUACAAAGAGAUGCUUGCUAUUUCCAUAAUUCUGUUGAUGGGUUGUCACUCUACAUUGAUCAUCACUGUGGGAAAGACCAGAUACCAUCUCGCACGCUACAGGUUUUGCAUGCACAUCAUGAUGAAGUGUGGUUUAUCCAGUUUUCAAACAAUGGGAAGUAUUUAGCCUCAGCGUCAAAUGAUAAAUCUGCAAUUAUAUGGGAGGUUGAUGAAGAUGGAGAGCUAUUACUGAGGCAUACAUUGAAUGGUCAUCAGAAGUCGGUGAUGAUGGUUGCAUGGAGCCCUGAUGAUUGCCAGCUGCUCACAUGUGGGCAGGAAGAAACCAUCCGACGCUGGGAUGUCGAAUCUGGCAAAUGUCUUCAUGUUUAUGAAAAGCCUGUUGGUUUGAUAUCAUGUGCUUGGUUUCCAGAUGGAAAGCAAAUAUUGUCUGGUCUAGCUGAUGAAAACUUUUUCAUUUGGGAUUUAGAUGGUAACGAAGUAGAUUGCUGGAAAGGGCAGAGAUCAACAAAAACAUCUGAUUUUGCUGUAGCAAAAGAUGGAAAUCUUAUAAUAAGCAUGAGUAGGGAGAACACAAUUCUUCUAUUUGAUAGGGAGACAAAACAAGAGAGGUUAAUUGAAGAGGCUAGUACAAUUACUUCAUUUUCUCUAUCAGAAGAUGGUGAUUUCCUGCUUGUAAAUCUUGUAAGCGAAGAGAUUCAUUUGUGGAACAUAAGAAAUGAUCCUGUUCGAGUCAACCGGUACAAUGGCCAUAAGCGCAACCGGUUUGUGAUAAGGUCUUGUUUUGGCGGAUCUGAGCAGGCGUUCAUUGCUAGUGGGAGUGAAGAUUCACAGGUCUACAUAUGGCAUAGAGCCACUGGUGAUCUCAUUGAGACUCUUGCUGGUCACUCGGGCACAGUCAACUGCGUAAGUUGGAACCCUACGAAUCCCCACAUGCUCGCAUCAGCUAGCGACGAUCACACAGUUCGUAUAUGGGGGGCAAAGAAGGCCAGUCUUAAGCGCAAGGAUGUUGGGAGCAGCAACUGCAACAGUAACGGUUUCCACUCGAAUGGCAAUGCUCAUGGCAAUGGUUUCGUUCACCAGUGCAAUGGGAACAGCACCAAAUGA